AAAAUGAUUGUCAUAUAACCUCAGAUUUUUAUUUUCUAUUCUGUGCUUUAUAAGAAGGGGAAAUUCUAUUGUGUCACAAAUGACUGGCUUUUAUGACUUUAAUGGAAACAUGCACAAACACCCACACCCAUGGCAUAAAGUCUCAGUCAUAAAGGGGGUAAUAAUCAGGCUUAUCUCCUUUAGCUCCACCUUUAUACCCUCCACCCACCAAACAUAUAUUUAAACAGUUCUUACAUUUACCUUUUUUGACAUUUGAUGCAUCAAGCUGCACUUGACGCCUGUUAGCUAACAACCAUCACAGCUUCCCAAGUGUCAGCAGAAAAGAUCUGACUGACAGCAUCUAUAAGAAGAAAAUAUUUUGGUUGGAGUAGCAGUUGGGAUUGUAGUUAUUUUUACCUUUUUGAACAACCUCCAUCUGCAGACAUCAUGUGCACCGGAUCCUGUUCUAAAUUCAUUGCCAUCCCACUCUACAUCCUGGCUUUAGUGUCCAUCAUCUGCAACAUCAUGCUAUUCUUCCCUGACUUUGAGACAAAGUAUGCAUCCGAAGACAGGAAAGGAGAGGACCGUAUCACUGAGGAGGUUAAAUACAUGUCGGGCCUGAUAGGAGGAGGAAUCAUGGUCCUCAUUCCUGCCAUUCAUAUUCAUCUGACCAGUGCUAAGAACUGCUGUGCCAACCGCUGUGGGAUGUUCCUGUCCAUUGGUUUUGCAGCAGCUGGUGUGGCUGGGGCCAUCUACAGUCUGAGUGUUGCUGCCCUGGGUCUUGCUAAUGGGCCUACAUGCUACUGGCAAAAUAAUGUCAACCCCAUUCCUACUUGGGGGACACCCUUUGCUAACAGUAACGGGAGCUACCUGAGUGACAAGGAGAUGUGGGAUUGGUGUAUACUUCCAAAGAAUGUGGUGCAAUUCAACGUGGGACUGUUCUCCACUCUGCUAGUGGCAGCAUGCCUGGAGCUCGCAUUGUGUCUCAUCCAAAUGGUCAACGGACUUUUUGGAUGUAUCUGUGGCACCUGCAGUGGCAAGGAGUAAGCUGAACCACAACUCACCAUGACUUCUUGAAGAGCAAAUGACAUGGAUCAUCAUUAUCAACUCUGUCAUCAUCAUCACCAUCACAUUCUUCAUCAUCGAUAUUAUCAUAAUCUGCCGCACCAAGGGUUAUGAGAUGGGGGUUGAGUGUUAAUUCUUCAAGAGGAAUGACUGGGAUUAUCUACUAUGUGUCUAUGUCAUGUUCUCAGAUUAUACUGAUUAUAGACUGUAGAUGGAAAGAACUGAGGUAUGCUGUGUUUGUAUCUGUAAAUUUGUAUGUUUAAAAUAUUUUGUAACAAAGCCCUGAACAUAAGCUAACAGAGGAGAUAGUUUUCAGAAGAAACUAAUUGACAAGUUGUUUUCUUGAUGUCCAGAAACACCUUUAAUCACCAAUUUAGGCAGAAAUACACUCACAACAAAUGACUGUCAAAAAUGGCAAGUUGUCAUCUAAAUGCUAUUGUUGACGAUUCAUAUUUACAAUACAUUCAUAAACAGUAGGUCAAACAAAUACAUUUAUUCAAGUACAGUAGUUUGCAGAUUUUUUGUAGUAAAAAAACAUAUAACAUUACAUGUAAUGCAAUGCAGUUGAACUAGCCAACAGCAAAGCCUCUGUCUCCACCUGCUACAACAUAAAAAUAAUAAAACAAACCUGUAAUAUAACACACAUGAUUUGAUUUGACUCAGUCAUUGUGUCAUCAAGCAAAUAUACACAAAACUGGGGGAAAAAAAGACAACCAAAAGCAAAUAUUUACUACAGAGUGGGACACUGUGGACAUAUGCAGACAACAAAUAGAUAAAAUCAUGUGGUAAUGUUAAUAAUCAAAAUUAAAUAAAACAUGGUCACAUUAAAGGUUAUUGUAAGUCCUCUUUCUCACAUCUAUACUUUCCAU